UUCCCCAUAAUUCACCGAACCGGAAGCUCGCGACUACAACGCAUCAGCGUCCUUCUGUUCCGAGUCCUCUACAUUUCUGUCCGUUAUUUCAUUAAACGCUUAAUGUUAAAGAAGAUUAUUUAUUUGAAUAUUGUAUAUAAAAACAAUGAGCCGCUUAAAAUAGCAUUUCAAGCCUAAAUUCAUGAGGAAGAUAACAGUCAACUGCUGUGACGAUGAGGAGGCUGAACAAAAAGAAAGCCCUGAACUUUGUGAAGGAGUUGGAUGCUUUUCCCAAGGUUCCUGAGAGUUAUGUGGAGACAACAGCGAGUGGAGGAACUGUGUCUGUGUUGGCCUUCACGGCCAUGGCACUCCUGGCCUUCUUUGAGUUCUUUGUGUAUCGGGACACAUGGAUGAAUUACGAGUAUGAAGUGGAUAAGGAUUUUACUAGCAAACUACGAAUUAAUAUUGAUAUCACAGUUGCCAUGAGAUGCCAAUUUGUUGGUGCAGAUGUGUUGGAUCUCGCUGAGACGAUGGUGGCGUCUGACGGCCUGCAGUAUGAACCCGUUGUUUUUGACCUUUCUCCUCAGCAGAGAAUCUGGCACAGAACACUUUUGCUCAUUCAGAACCAUUUACGUGAGGAACAUUCACUCCAGGAUGUUCUGUUCAAGAAUGUCAUGAAAGGUGCCCCCACUGCUCUCCCACCCAGGGAAGACGACCCCACACAGCCUCUAAAUGCCUGCCGGAUUCAUGGACACCUUUAUGUCAAUAAAGUAGCAGGAAAUUUCCACAUCACUGUUGGCAAGGCCAUCCCACACCCUCGAGGUCAUGCUCAUCUAGCAGCCCUGGUCAGCCAUGAGACAUACAACUUCUCCCAUCGGAUAGACCAUCUGUCUUUUGGAGAGGAAAUACCAGGCAUAUUAAAUCCACUGGAUGGCACAGAAAAAGUGUCUGCAGAUCACAAUCAGAUGUUCCAGUACUUUAUUACCAUUGUGCCCACAAAACUACAGACGUACAAGUUGUCAGCGGACACACACCAGUAUUCAGUCACUGAACGGGAGCGAGUGAUAAACCACGCAGCGGGGAGUCAUGGGGUUUCUGGGAUCUUUAUGAAGUACGACAUCAGCUCUCUGAUGGUAAAGGUGACUGAGCAGCACAUGCCCCUAUGGCAGUUCCUCGUGCGGCUCUGUGGCAUCAUAGGAGGCAUUUUCUCAACAACAGGCAUGGUACAUGGUCUGGUUGGCUUCUGCGUAGAUGUGAUCUGCUGUCGUUUUAAACUGGGGGUUUACAAGCCGAAGACUAUGAGUGUUUUUGAUGGCCAAGUGAACAGCCUGACGCCACUUCUUUCUGAGAACGGCGAACACUAGCCCACAUUUAAAGACACAACUGUAAAUCCCAGGAUUCAGUUAAUACAUGAUAUUGAGGUUGACUGUCAUUUGUGGUACUGUAAAGAGCCAUCUGCACUGACACAAACACUGUUACACAGGUAUACAUUCAUAAAUCCGUAGAAAAAAAAUAUUGAUUGGUGCAAAAAUUGAUGAAUUUAAACUAGUGGACAGCUUUUUUUUAAAAAAAUAUUACAGAAAAAGAUUCUUGCAUAAAAGCUUGUUAAUGUUAUUGCACUCAUGAAAACAACUCUUUUAAAAAUGUUUCUAAAUGCAGGCAUUUAAAUUUUAAUUUGAUCGUCUUUGAUUCCAUGAAAUACUCCCUUUUAAAAGUGCAGGUCCAGACCUGAAUAUCAGACAAUUUAGUCUUAGGCGGAAUGACUUUUAAUACAACCUUAAAAUAUGAAGUAGCAUCAGAACAUUUCAGACACGACCCAUUCAUGACAGUAUUAGCAUCUGGUUGGGAUGUUUGUAAUGAUUGUCCCCAGCCAGAGCCUCAGGAAGGACUUAAUAUUUUAUGUUCAUGUGCAUUUCAAGAGAUUGUGUUUGAUAUUAUUGACACUGAUAAAUGAAAGUAAUACAAUCAUGAUUGUAUUUGGUUAUAUGACUAAAUUAUACAAGGGGAGUAGUAUUCAUUUAAAGCAUAUUGAACAUUAUUUCUAAUGUAAAUCAUUUCCCACAUUAUUAUAGAUCACACUGUUGAUGCAAAGAUUCUUGUGCCAAAGCCUUUUCUAGAUUCGUUAGGGUUCCUGCUGUAAUGGUUAAAUCGGAAGAGAAUUUUAGUCCCUUUUUAAAAGUCUGGAGACAAAUUUAUUUUGCUUAGUUUUUAAUUUUAACACAACAUUCCCUAGGAUUGUGCUGUUUUCUUGCGUAUUAUCCACCGUGUCCUCUGAGAGUCUAAAUAAAAACACUUUCUUAUGCACCUGCACACCUGUGAUAUCUGAUUUGGAGUGUCGCCACCUUGUCUGUUAUUGUCUCCCGAGCAGCAAAGUAAAAUCUUGAUUUCACAGUUGAAAGUUUGUCCUCAGACACUAGUGUAAACUAUUUAAAUAAAAUGAAUAAAUAUACAAUUUA